AUGGCGGCCGAUCCGUCCGACGAACCGCCCCGGCAAGACGCGCCGCCCGAGGACACGCCCCGGGACCCCGACGCGGCCGACGCGGCCGCCCUCGAGCAGGCGCGGAAGUUCCUCGGCGACGAGAGCGUCCGGAACGCGAGCGUGGAGAAGAAGACCGAGUUCCUCAAGAGCAAGGGGUUCACCCGCGAGCAGCUCGAGCGGCUGUCUGGGGAGCUCGAGCCGCAGCCGCACCAGCACCAGCACGCCGCCGACGCGGCCCCGAGCGACGAGAAGGAGGCGAGGCAGGCGUGGCAGGAGAAAGAAGUGGCCCGGCAAGCGGCCCCCGCCGCCACCGCCUCGGACGACGCCUCGGAGUCCGCGAGCGAGCCCGACCUCCUCACCCCGCCGACGACGGCGGCGACGUCCCCGACGAGCGGCGGCCCCGCACCCAUCAUCACGUACCCGGAGUUCUUGACGAAGGCGGCGCGGCCGCCGCCGCUCAUCACGCCGUCGCGGCUCGGAAACAUCCUGGCCGUCUCGGGCAGCGUCUGGGCGCUGCUCUACGGCACGGCGCGGUUCGCCGUCGGGCCGAUGGUCGACGCGCUGAACGACGCGCGGGGCGACUACUAUGCGCACGUGGGCGAGCGGCUGGGCGACCUGGUCGAGCGACUCGAGGGCGCCGCGAGCGAGGUCCCGUACCCGGCGGGGCGGCCGCUGCUGCUGCUGUCGCGGCGGCGGUCCAGCGCCGAGUUCUCCGACGCCACGGGCGAUUGCUACGACGAGCAGAGCACCUUCAGCGACCCGACGGAGCUCUUCCACCGCGACAUCGGCACGCAGACGUCGCCGGUGCUGCGGCCCGCCGACUCUGCCGCCGGCGCCGGCGCGUCCGCGUCCGCGUCCGGCCGCCGCCGCGACAGCAGCGCCAGCACCCGCCGCACCGAGAUCUCGGUCGACAGCCAGGUGCGGCGGCUGGCGGCGGUGCGCGCGUCGCUGCGCGAGCUCGGCGACAUGAGCACGCGGCGGGCCGAGGCGUCGGCGGACCUGCACGGGCUGCUGCGCGAGAUCCGCGACGACGUGGACGCGCUGGGCAGCGGGGGGCCCGGCGCCGUCGCCGACUUCUCCUCCCUGUACGGCCGGGGCGCCGUGACGGACCCGGACGACGAGGUCAAGCGCGCCAAGGACGCGAUCCGCAGCGUCAAGGGCAUGUUCCUGAGCGCGAGGAGCUUCCCGGCCGCCGCCGCGGGCGCCAGAUAG